AUGGAAAAGCUCUCUUCGCUAGCUCGUUUCAAGAGUUCCUGCCCGUUCUUGGGCGGGACGAAGACUUCCACCCUUCGCGCUCUCAGCAGCACCAUUUCCCCCAGGUUCCCCUCCAUCUCCCAGCUCACUGAGCGAGCCACGGGUUGCCCUAUCAUGGGUCCCGCUUUAGUGAUGCGCUCCACCCAGAUGGUCGCUGGUUACGCCAGCGUUGCUGGUCAGGCUGACGUCCAGAAAAUCCACCACAGUAAAGGUAUAUUCCCCGGCACCAGCGUUUCUGAGGCGGAUAUUGCCAAAUGCCCUCACGCUUCCGCUGCUCGGGCUGCUGCUCGCAUGGCGGAUGAUCUCGCUGCCGCCUCUGUCACUGCGAAGGCGCCAGAGGCCGGAAAGGAAGCCCCAAGCGCGGCCCAGAAGGCUGCUGCUGUCGGAAAGGAAGCCCCGAGCACUGCCCAGAAGGCUGCUGCUGCCGGAUGCCCUUUCCAUAAGGCUGCUGCUGCCACAGAAGAACAACCUGCGAAAGUGCCUGACGCGACAGAAAAACAGGCUACUUCUGCCACUUCAGGUGCUUAUAACUACGAUAAAUUCUAUGCGGCCGAACUCGACAAGAAGCACAAGGAUCAGUCCUAUCGCUACUUCAACAAUAUCAACCGACUCGCAACCAAAUUUCCGAUUGCGCACACUGCGAGUGUGAAGGAAGAAGUCCAAGUCUGGUGUGCUAACGACUAUCUGGGGAUGGGAAAUAAUCCCGUCGUACUUGAAACCAUGCAUCGCGCAUUGGACAAAUACGGCGCAGGCGCAGGGGGCACUAGGAACAUAGCCGGAAAUAGUGCUAUGCAUCUCAGUCUCGAGCGUGAGCUUGCGACCCUUCAUCGCAAGGAGUCUGCGCUCGUAUUUUCAUCUUGCUACGUUGCCAAUGAUGCGACCCUAUCUACCCUCGGUUCUAAACUUCCUGGUUGCGUCUACUUCUCAGACGCUUCCAACCACGCGUCCAUGAUACAGGGUAUUCGACACUCUGGAGCGAAGAAGGAGAUCUUCAAGCACAACGACCUCAAUGACCUGGAGGCCAAACUGCAGAAGUAUCCGAAGGACACCCCUAAGAUCAUCGCAUUUGAAAGCGUGUACUCGAUGUGCGGUAGCAUUGGGCCUAUCAAGGAGAUCUGUGAUCUGGCUAAGAAGUACGGCGCCUUGACUUUCCUUGACGAAGUUCACGCUGUCGGGCUUUAUGGACCCCGCGGUGCGGGCGUUGCCGAGCACCUUGACUGGGAAUCUCACCAGAUCGCCGGUCAGAGCCCCGAACCGAUCAAAGAUAGCGUUAUGGAUCGAAUUGACAUGAUUACUGGUACACUUGGCAAGGCAUACGGCACUGUUGGCGGAUACGUUGCCGGCUCUCGCGAUUUCAUCGACAUGAUUCGUUCAUACGCACCUGGUUUCAUUUUCACUACAUCACUGCCUCCCGCUACAGUCGCUGGUGCUCGAGCUUCCGUCAUUUACCAGAAGCACCAUGUUGGUGAUCGAGCAUUGAAGCAAAUCAAUGUUCGCACUGUCAAGGAACGUUUCGCUGCUUUAGACAUACCCGUCGUCCCCGGUCCUUCUCACAUUGUCCCGGUCUUGGUUGGUGAUGCUGGACUCGCAAAAGCAGCCAGCGACAAGCUUCUUCAUGAACACGGCAUAUACGUUCAGGCAAUCAAUUAUCCGACUGUUGCCGUGGGCGAAGAGCGUCUUCGGGUCACUGUCACUCCUCGUCAUACCGCAGAGCAGAUCGAUGGUUUGAUCGGUGCAAUGAACACAGUGUUCACGGACCUCGACAUUAACCGCAUCAGCGACUGGGCAAAGUUGGGUGGACGUGCCAACGUUGGCAUAGGAAAGGAAAACGUGGCUCCCAUCUGGAGCAAUGCUCAGAUCAACACCGCUGGACAACCACAGACAUUGCGAGAUGGGGAGGCGGCCGUGGUUGACGUUACCGCAAUUCAGGUGGUUCGAAAGAGUUUUGAGGACCUUUUGGGAGCUGUCGAGUUGAACGAGACGGAGAGGAAGGUGGAAGCUGCGUUGCUGACUGGAGCUGCUAAGCACGUUGCUGAAGCUCUGCCGAAGAAAGCGAAGGCAACACUAGCGCCCGUCAAUCCAGUUGAUGUGCCCGUCACGUCUACUGUCGCGGUUUCGGCUUGA